AUGUCUAAACAGAAAAAGCGUGCAAGUUCAGGGACCGCUUAUGUUUCUCCGAGCGUCUCACAAUUACUCGGAGAAGGAGGAGGUCUUUUGCCAAGUUUAGGUGGUCAGGUCGAUAAUGGUCUUUUUCCGGAUAUCUCCACAUGCUUAGCAUCAGUGCUCAACGUUCCUGGAUGUGUUGAAGAGAUUAUAACAUCUUUCCUAACUAUUCGACUUCGAUUAAUUGAUCCUCAAUGUGGCAUAGCUGUAUUAGAUAUUCAUGAUAGCUGUUGGCCUAAGAUUUUCCCUUUUGGUUCACUUUUUCCUUUAGCAUUUAGAAGUUUUUGCCCUAUUCAAGGUAAGUAUUUCGAAAUUAAGUUGCCUGAAAAGGAGAUGAGUGCUAAUCAAGUUACUUAUGGAUUUUGUUAUAGCGAAGAGUAUAGAGUAUUGAGUGAAGUCUCUAGAGAGUAUAAAGUAUUGAGGUUAGUAGUUAGAGAGCAAAUUCACAUAUCAGAAUUGAAGAUUUAUACUCUUGGAGUUGGUGAAAAAUGGAGGAAUGUGGGUGAAGUUCCAUGUCCUACACGGUAUAAUUUUUGCCAGGUUAUUGUCAAUGGUGCUCUUCAUUGGAUUCAUAACGAAGACGAUGAUAGAAUUUACUCCUUUGAUAUUGAGUCAGAAAUGAUCAAGUCUCUACCAGCUCCGCCUGGUCUGGAAACUCCAUUAUGUGCCUUGAAGAUAUUAGAGGUGGGAAAUUGUCUGUGUUUGACUUAUAAUAACAUUAGACGGUUCGCUAAAACUGAUAUCCAGUUGAUGAAAGAGUAUGGGGUUGCUGAAUCUUGGAUCAAAGAUACCAUUUUGGUGAAUUCUAUUCCGCGGAAUUUCCGUCAAUGUAAUUUAAACCCAAUAUUAAUUUGGAAAGAAGGGCAAAUCUUGAUUCAGAGUUACAGAAGCCUAGAUUCAUACAGACCCGAGUCGAAGAGGUUCAUCUAG